AUGUCAUUCUUCCAAUCUUCUCAUAAAUUUGUUAUCAUAUUCAUUGCUAUGUGUAUCACGCAAUUCCCUAUCACAAACGCAAAUACUGCUAAAUGUAUAAUUGGAUACAAGCCAUUUGCGAAUGGACAAAACGCAGUUUGCCAUGAUGAAGUUUACGUAAACUGGCUUUGCCCAAUAAAACAGUGCUCAAAAGAUGGUCGUCAAUUUGUACCAAUGAAGGGAUGUGUACUUGAUAACGUUGCUGGCACGAGUAAUCAAGAAUGUUCGGCUUACAAUUUCAAAACAAGUGGUCAAUAUGCAUGUUCUAAUUCGGGUGGCAGAGAUUACACUUGCCCUUAUACUCCCUCCAAUGUACCCUUUAUCACAUGUUCAGGCUGCAAACCACCAGGUCAUAGUAAAUUCAGCUGA